GAUUUCGAGAAGUGGAUGAAAGAUAAGGAGCGCAUUAUUAAUUCCGAUGACGGCGAAGGUGUGGAGAACGCAAAACGAAAGUUCGAAAAGUUCCUAACCGACCUAUCGGCGGCAUCAAAACGCAUUGAGGAAAUCGAUGGUGCUGUCGACAACUUCCGUCGACAAGGGCAUUCACAGCUGGACAAAAUAAUUGCACGUCAACGGCAGAUACAUCAAAUUUGGCAACGUCUGAAUAACGCAAAAGCGCAACGUGAAAAGAGCCUGGAAGGAGCAUCAAGUGUGGAUCUCUUCAAUCGCACAUGUGAUGAGGCUAAGGUUUGGAUGAACGAGAAAAUGCUGCAACUGGACACGGCUGUAAUCAGCCCAGAUCUAAAAAACGGUGCAAGCGCUACAGCGACGACAUCAGAAUUUAGAGCGGGAAUUGGCACCCGUUGAGGAGAAGGUGAAUCGUGUGAACUACCUAGGAAAUUCGGUAAAGAAUGCAUAUCCGGCUGAGCGAAACAAUGUAACAGAGCGACAACAGGAGGUGUUGGAUAUGUGGAAGCAAGUCCACGGUAAAGGCAGUGAACUGCGAGCGCGCAUCGAAAGUGCAGUUGGACAGCAAAUUUUCAACAACAGUGCAAAGACGUUGCUUGCCUGGAUAGACUCGGUGAAAGAUCAACUAAAUGCAGACGAAUCUGCGCGUGAUGUUGAAACAGCCAACAAUCUUUUGAAAAAACAUAACGAUCUGGGCGACGAUAUCAAGGCUCACGACAACGAAUUUGUUGAGGUCAUAGGUUUGGGCAAGCAACUGUCCGAUGGAAAACCCAAUAUGGAGGAAACCGUUAAAAUCAUUGAACGUCUAAAGGCCGAACAAGACGCUAUUCACCGCGGUUGGGUGGAGAAACAGAAAUGGCUGCAACAAUGCGUCGAAUUGCAAAUAUUCAACAGAGAAGCAGACAAAAUCGAUGCCACUACAAAAAGUCACGAAGCUUUUCUUGAAUAUAACAAUUUGGGUAACUCCCUCGACGAAGUUGAAGCUAUACUUAAGCGACACCUUGACUUUGAGAAAAGCCUUAUGGCUCAGGAUAAAAUUCUCAAAGGUUUUUCUGACAAUGCCGAUAAAUUAAUUGGCAAUGACCACUAUGAUAAAAAAUACAUUGACGAUAGGCGCAAUCAAGUUCUAGGCAAGAGGAAAGCAGUGGAAGAUCGUGCUUUCGAGCGCAAACGCUCCCUUCAAGCUUCCAAAGAUUUCCACAAAUUCGCUGCGGAAGCUGACGAUCUUGCCGUGUGGUUAAGCGAUAAAACCAAAAUAGCCGGCGAUGAGAGUUACCGAGAUCUUACCAAUUUGCCGCGCAAGCUGCAGAAACACAAAGCUUUCGAGCGCGAGUUACGCGCAAAUGAGGGUCAAUUGCGUAACGUCAACAAGGAGGGGCAGGCAUUGAUAGCGACGAAUAAUCGUGUGCCUGCGGUGGAGAGGAGAAUGGUCGACUUGAACCAAAAGUGGAGAGAUCUAUUGGCGCUGUCGGAAGACAAGGGACGCAAACUGGAACAGGCCGUGUCGCAGCGUGAACAUAACCGCGCCAUUGAUGAUGCCAAGCAAAAGGUGGCCGAGUUAGAUGCUGCACUAAAAAGCAAGGACGUGGGCAACGAUCUGCGCAGUUGCAAAGAUUUGAUAAACAAACAUCAGUUACUCGAGUCUGAGAUAACGGUGUGGGAACAAAAGAUCGUCGAACUAGUUAGUACUGGUGACGAGAUGGCACAUGAAGGUCAUUUCAAUGCAGUGCACAUCAAAGAUGAAACAAAGGAUAUACAAAAUCGCUUUAAGUUAUUAAGCGACCCAGUACAAAAACGUCGCGAGGAACUCGAAGAGAGCUUGAAUUACCACAAGUUCGUGUUUGAGCUAGAUGCCGAAUUCCAAUGGAUCAACGAUCACAUGCCAGCAGCUAAGUCUAAGGAGCUAGGUCAAAACCUCCACCAAGCGCAAACUCUCUCGAAGAAACAUAAAAAACUCGAGGCCGAAGUUAAGGGGCAUCAACCCAUGAUCAACAAAGCUUUGCAAGCCGGUCAAACGCUGAUUGCACAAAAUCAUCCCGAAAAAGAGAAUGUAAAAGCCUUGAGUGCUAAGUUGGAAGAUGCCUGGGCUGACUUGGAGAGUAAUUCAAAUGAUCGCAGUAAGAAGCUGGAGAUGUCACUUAAGGCGCAGCAGUACUUGUCCGACGCCGGGGAGAUUGAAUCUUGGUUGGGUGAGAGAAGCAACGUCCUGCGCUCCACUGAGUAUGGGCGAGAUCGCGACUCUGCCGCCAAAUUGCUGACCAAACACAAGACAAUCGAACUGGAGCUGGACACGUACUCUGGUAUUGUCACCGAAAUGGGGCACAAUUGUGCCGCCAUGGUGGCCGCUGGACAUCCGGACAGUAAAAUUCUUGCUGCGAAACAACAACUUAUCGAAAAAAUGUUUAAAUCACUACAUAAAUUGGCGCAACAACGACAAAUGCGUUUGAUGGAGAGCCUAUACAUGCACGAAUACUUCCUGGAAUCGGAUGAGGUGGAACAAUGGAUUAAGGAACAAGAACAGGCAGCUUCAUCUGAGGACUAUGGACAAGACUAUGAACAUCUCCAAUUGCUGCAAAAUAAGUUCGAUGAUCUAAAACAUCGCGUGGAAGUGGGUUCGGAUCGAGUGAAUCAGUGUGAAGUACUGGCCAAGAAACUUAUCGACACCGAGAGUCCAUACGCCACAGAUGUGGAGAGGCGUCAAGAACAGUUGAGGGAAUCUUGGGAAAAUCUGCUAAAAUUACUCAACCAACGCGAGCAAAAGUUACACGCUGCCGGAGAAAUACAUCGUUUCCAUCGCGACGUUGCUGAGGCGCUCUUCCGCAUCCAAGACAAGAAUGCAGCACUCUCCUCUGAGCUCGGAAGAGAUUUGAACUCAGCACUAGCACUGUUGCGAAAACACGAAGGUUUCGAAAAUGACCUCGUCGCCUUGGAAGCACAACUGCAGGUUUUGGUUGAGGAUUCUGUACGCCUGCAAUCGAAAUAUCCCUCGAACGCCGCUGCCAUAGCUCAACAACAAGAUAAGGUCGUAGCAGCUUGGAAUGAUUUGAAGGAGCGCUCCGGAGCACGCAGUGAUCGCUUGGCCGCCAGUUCGGAUCUGCAGUCCUUCCUUACAGAUGUACGUGACAUCAUGUCGUGGUCGUCUCACCUGCGAGCCGCUCUGCAGGCUGAAGAGCAUGUCAGCGAUGCAGCUGGUGCGACUGCGUUGAAGAUCCAGCAUGACGCUAUAUACGGUGAAAUCGAAGCACGAGAGGAUAAAUUCCGCUACUUGAAUGAGUUAAGCGAUUCGAUGGUGCAAACUGGUCAUUACGCUGCUGCAGAAGUAGAAGAAAAAUGCGCGGCUAUGUUGGACGAACGUCAGAAGUUACAUGCGGCAUGGAAUAAGAAGAAGAUCAUGCUGGAACAGAAGAUUGAUCUGUUCUGUUUCUUACGCGACGCGAAACAAAUUGACAAUCUUUCAAGCUCGCAACAAGCCGCGCUCAGCAGCUCGGACUUUGGUCAGACAGUCGAAGACGUUCAAAACCAGAUAAAGAAACAUGACGAAUUCGAACGUCUCAUACAGACACAAGAAGAAAAAGUCGCUUUGUUGCAGGAGCAUGGUCGCAAACUGAUUGAACAGCGUCAUUACGACAGUGCAAACAUUCAAACAAUCCUACAGGGCGUUUUGGCGCGCCGACAAAAAGUAAAGGAUCUCUGCGCAGUGCGGCGAUACAAAUUGGAGGAUGCGCUCCUAUAUGCCCAGUUUGUGCGCGAUUGUGCCGAGGCUGAAUCUUGGAUAAACGAGAAAAAGAAGAAACUCGAAGCUGAUGCAGCCAGUUAUGCGGAAGUGUCCAAUUUGGACGAGAAGAUAAAGAAACUUCAAAAACAUCAGGCCUUCCAAGCUGAGGUUGCUGCCAAUCAAGGCCGUAUCCAAGAAAUACAAGAAACUGGUUUGAUUCUAUUGACCAAACAGCACGAGUCUUCGAAGGAAAUCAAGCAAGCGGUUGAACGAGUUGUUGCUGCUUGGAAGAGUUUGCUCGAAGAAUUGGACAAUCGAGGACGUGGUCUCGAAGAAGCACAAGACAUAUUGGAAUUCAAUAAUCAGCUGGACAAGAUUUCCGCUUGGAUCCGCGACAAGGAAAUGAUGAUUCAGGCUAGUGACACUGGCCGAGAUCUGGAGCACUGCAAUGCUCUCACACGCAAACUGGAUGACGUGGAUUCAGAUAUGCGUGUUGACGAUCAACGUGUUAAGCAUAUCAAUAACUUAGCUGACAAGCUUAUUAGUCAAGGUGAGGUGCCGGCUGAGACCAAGAAUAUUGACAAGCGUCGUCGCGACUUCAACAGCAAAUGGCGUCAGCUGCAAGGUGCACUGAACGCCUACAGGGCUCUACUCGGCGAAGCCAAUGAAAUACACGUUUUCAACCGCGAUGUCGACGACACAGCCGAUCGUAUUGCCGAGAAAGCACUGGCCAUGAGUUCCGAUGAUACAGGACGUGAUUUGGCAGCUGUGGAAACCCUAAUUCGCCGUGAAGAUGCCCUGGAGCGUGACAUGUCAGCAGUGAAACAAAAGAUCGGCGAGCAUGAACUCGUUGCGCAGGCUCUACUGAAACGUUAUCCCGACCGCGUCACAGACAUCGAGCACAAAAUAGACGAGCUGCGCACAUCCUGGCAAAAUCUACAAGAUUUAUCUGUAAAACGACGAGCUAUUCUCAAUGAUGCCUAUCUGGUACAUAAAUUUGUCUCUGACGUAAAGGAGCUGGAGCUCUGGGUUAACGACAUGAUAAAGAAAAUGAAUGCUGCUCAAGCGCCGAUGACUAUAAAUGAUUGCGAGACGCAAUUGGAGCUACACCAGGAGCGUAAGGUGGAAAUUGACGGGCGAGAUAAGGCUUUCAAAGAUUUAAAAGCUCAUGGCGAAACACUCAGUGGCAUGAAAAAACCAGCGAACGUGAAGCAAUAUUUGAUGAUACUUGAGGACUUGCAUAGCACUCUGCACGAGGCGUGGAAUGAACGCGCCAGGGAUUUGACCGAAGCACAUCAACUGCACUUAUUCAAGGCUCAGGUAGAGCAGGUUGAGAUCUGGCUGGCUAACAAGGAGGCUUUCCUGAACAACGAUGAUUUGGGUGAUUCCUAUCCCGCUGUGGAACGUCUGAUCAAAAAGCAUGACGCCUUUGAGAAAUUGUUAGACUCGGACAACGUUACCGAACUGCAAAACUUCGCGAAAAGCAUUUUAGAAGGUGAUCCCAAGGACGCUGAUGUCAUAACCGAAAAGCUGAGCUAUGUUCUGCGACGAAAGGAGAAGCUGAACGCCUUAUCUCUGGAACGUAAACAAAAGUUAUUGCAAUCGUUGCAACUGCACGAAUUUCUUCGUAGCCUAUAUGAAAUCGACCGUUGGUUGGUACAAAAAAUGCAAGUGGCGCUGGAUGAGAACUACCGCGAGCCGAACAACUUGCAAAGUAAAAUUCAAAAGCACACCACUUUUGACAGCGAAUUAUUGACAAAUGCAUCGCGUGUUAAGGACGUAAUCAAUGAAGGCGAGCGCCUAAUCAAGGACGAGCACUUUGCCAAGGAGGAAAUAGCUCAACAACUGAAAAUGCUUGAAAGCGAUUGGAAUAAACUGAAGGCGGCAUCUAAGGUAAAGAGAGAGAAACUGAAUCAAGCCUACGAAGCGCAGGCAUUCAACCGCAGUCUGGAUGAGUUUAAUAACUGGAUGGACGAAGUGGAGUCACAUUUGUCGAGUGAAGAUUAUGGCAAAGAUCUAGCCACAGUAAAUCAUUUGAUUAAAAAACAUGAGCGCCUUGAAGCCGACGUGACGCAUCAUAACGACCUGGCCGACCAAAUCAAACAGACCGACGAAAAAUUCUUCCAAGCCGAUCACUUCCUUAAGGACGAAAUUCACGAGCGUGCUAUGACAACAAUCAAGCGUUAUCGCACCCUACAUGAACCCAUUACCAUUCGCCGGGAAAAUCUCGAAGAUUCGUUGAGCCUCCAACAAUUCCUGCGUGACGCUGAAGAUGAACUUCAAUGGCUUACAGAAAAGGAGGCAAUCGCCAAUGCGCAAGAUCUGGGUAGUAGUCUCAUAGCUGUGCAAGUUCUCCAAAAGAAACAUCAGGGCCUCGAGGCCGAGAUUCUUUCUCAGGAGCCACUCAUCAAAGCGCUCUUACAGCGUGGCCACCAGAUGAUACGCGACGACCAUUUCGCCAGUGAACAGGUGCAAUACAAGUGCGACUUGCUGCAGAAGAAACUCGUUAACCUGCGAGAUGUCGCCAGUAUACGUAGAUUGCGGCUUUUAGACGCGGUAGAGAGUCAAAUGUUCUAUGUAGAGGCCAAUGAAGCCGAAGCGUGGACACGUGAAAAACGGCCGAUACUUGCUUCCAGCGACUAUGGUCGUGACGAGACUUCCGUGCAAUCGCAUCAAAAGAAACUGGAAGUACUGCAACGCGAGUUGAUAGCGUUUAAGAGUUCUAUAGAGAAGGUCAACAAACUUGCCACCGGCCUGGUUGAGCGUAAUCACUUCGAUAGUGCCAAUAUCACCACGAAGAAUGAAACAGUAACAAGACAGUAUGAAGAGUUGCUGCGACUGGCUAAAGACCGUGAAGUGCGCUUGAGCGAAUGUAAAAAACUGUUCGAGUACUUGCGCGAGGCUGAAGAUUUGCAUGAGUGGAUUGGCGAUCAGAUGGCGGUAACCGCAUCUGAGGACUAUGGUGAGGACGUUGAGCACGUUGAACAACUAAUCUUGGCGUUCGAGUCGUUCGUAUCUAAUUUGAAUGCCAAUCAAGGACGGGUGCAAGCUUGUUUGAACCACGGCGAUGAGCUUAUCAAAGAGAAUAAUCCCUACCGCGCCUCAAUUAAGGCCAAACGGGACGAGACCAAGCAACUGUGGGAAGAGCUCAAGGAUCUAGUCAAUGCUCGGCAAGACGCACUGGCUGGCGCAAAACAAGUGCACGUCUAUGAUCGCGUGGCCGAUGAAACGAUUUCGCUGAUCAACGAGAAGGAGGCUUCACUUAUCUCAGAGGAUUACGGACAAGAUUUGGAGAGCAUACAAGCGUUGAGCCGCAAGCACUCGGUAUUCGAAGGUGAACUUGUGGCUAUCAAAGAACAAGUUGAUUCAGUGCUUGUGGAAGCUACAAAACUAGGGGAAGUAUAUCCAGACGCAAGGGAGCACAUCGAAGUGAAAAGAGACGAAACGGUAGAAGCAUGGACCGACCUAAUGGAAAAGACAAACGCACGCAAAGAAAAAUUGCAACAGGCAGAACAUUUGCAAUCCUACUUCGAUGAAUAUCGUGACUUGAUUGCCUGGAUCAAUGAGAUGCUGGCCAAGAUAACAGCACCAGAUUUAGCAACAACUGUGGCAGGUGCAGAGUCAUUGCUGGCUAGCGUGAAAGAACACCACGCAGAGAUACAUGCACGCGAUGAGACCUUUGCUAACUUCACGGCAGAUGGACAGAAACUAAUAAAUGAGAAGCAUUUUCUUGCACACGAAAUCGAAGAGAAGAUUCAAGUGCUACAGCAACGGCACGAACUUUUGAAAAACACACUGCAACAGCGCAAAGAGAUCUACGAACUCAACUUGGAUACGCAAAUCUUCCUUAAGGAUGCUGAGAUUCUCGAAAACUGGAUAAUCAGUCGCGAACCUUUGCUGAAAGAUGCCAAAUUGGGUGAUUCGAUACCGCAGGUUGAAGAUUUAUUGCGCCGUCAUCAAGACUUCGAAAAAACCGUCGCCGCGCAAGAGGAGAAGUUCCAAGCUAUCAAGCGCAUUACACUGCUUGAGCAACGGUUCCGCAAACAAGUCGAAAGCGAGAAACUUGCCAAACAGAAGGAGAAGGAACGCUUAGAGAAGGAACGACUCGAGAUGCUCAAACAGAAAGAGUUGCAGCGACUCAACGAUGAACGAAGGCGCGCGGAGAAGCAAUUGGAAAACCGCCAAAAUGCUGCGGCCCAAGAAAAGACGCCCAUCUUCUCCACGCCCAUGGUCACUGUCAACACCAACAACAUACCGCAAUCUCCAGCCAUUUCCGCAUCGCCACUACGUUCACCCUUCGACGAGGAUCAGUAUUCACUGCAGAAGAGCAGCUCGAGCGGCAUGUUCGGUGAUCGCUUACGUCGCGGCUCCGACACCAAUGUGAAACGCGCGGAAAGUAUGAAGGUACAACAAAAGCAACCGAAACGCACACCAUCUUUUACCACACGCCGUCGUGCGCAAUCGUUCCGCAAGAACCAAAAAGGUGAAGGAUUCGAUCUGCCACCUGUCGAAAUACAAGGAAUGCUCGAGCGCAAACAUGGCCUGCAAUCGGGCGGCAAAAAGGCACCAGUGCGUUCCUGGAAGCAAUUCCAUACAGUACUCUGUGGUCAACUCUUGUGCUUCUUCAAAGAUGAAAAUGAUUUUCUGCAGCAGAAAACGGCAAACGCUCCAGUCAACAUACUCGGCGCCAAAUGUGAACGCGCCGAAGACUACACCAAAAAGAAGUACGUAUUCAGGUUGAAGCUGCCCGACGGAUCCGAGUUCCUCUUCGAAGCGCCGUCGUUAGACAUCAUGAACGACUGGGUGCGUAAGAUAUCUUUCCAUGCUAGUCUGCCACCAAAUCUACAGCUUCUGAGUUACGAUGAAUCAAUGAAGCAACAGUCGAACAGUUUCCCAGAUAUUAAGGUAGCCAGUGGUCAGAUAGAGUCACCGGUGAGCUCGCGAACAUCGUCGCCGGACUCGCAAAGGCGUGCCAUCUCACGCAACGACUCGAUCAAUAGCGGUAUGUCGGCAAGCUCAGCGACACCACAAAUGAAUUUCCUGCAAAAACAAAUGCAACAGCAACAGCAACAAAGGGCUUCACCAUCCUCUCCAACGGCAUCGUAUGGCUUCGAGCAGAAGCCGCCAAUACCACCCAGAGGUGCACCUCCGCCAGUACCACAUAGACAAAGUACCGAAAAUUUAGUAGUGCUGAGAAAUCGAAACAGCUCCAGCAAUGACUUGAGCGAAUCCAACUAUGGCGGCAACUCAACACGAUUGCAGUCUUCCACAUUACCCGCAGGCAUUUCCGGCAUUCAAAACGGUUCAAAUGAAGACAAUGUAGUGCUAAAACGCAACAGUGAGGCUAGACAAUCAGAAAAUCCUCCACCUUUGCCUACGACUAUGCCACCUGUGGGAAGCGCUCAUUCGCACCAUCCACAAAUUCAACAGCGUAUAAAUGCUUUGAACGCUGCCGCAAUGCAGCAUCCGCACCAGCAGCAACAACACCAACAACCGUCAGAUAUGUACUCGUCGCAAGGAAGCUAUAUGCGCACACAGCAGCAUGUGACGUCGCGCACUCCCGUGGCGAGUGGACGCGCGGAUGCCUCGCGCAAAUUCAUAGAGGUAGAAUCGAGCGGUAUCGGCAAUCCGUCGAGUGUCACAGCUGCGAAGCGCACUCUACACACAACCACUUCAACAAGUUCAAAUUCAAGUGGUAGCAGCAACAGCAACAGCAACAGCAACAGCAACAACAACAAUAAUGGUAAACACAUGAUGCAUACGAAUAACACCGGGUCGUCGCCAACGACGACAACUACUACAACGGCGACUAGUCGCACUGUGUGGCAUUUCACUACCGAUAACAACUCCAUAAAUAAUCCGAGUUACAUGGGCUUGAACAAUAACGAUGGAACCGGCUGGGGCACAUCACGUUUCGAAAGUAAUCGUCCAGUUUCGCUGCAGCCAGACUCCAUAAGUUUCUCUCGCGUAUCGGCGGAGAGUUCCAGCGAAAGUGAAGCUCAGUCCAUCUCUUCAGUGUCUGGUGUGAAGGGUAGCAAAAGUAAAGAGGAGCGCCGCAGCGGCAUGUUCCGGAUAUUUGGUCGCAAAGGCGGCGAUAAGGAAAAAGACAAGGAUAAACGUCGCUCAAGCCAAACGCCACAAUAAUCGGACGAAAUUUCACAAAGAAGCGUAUGUGUGGUGUGGUUGCAUUGUUAACGAAGCGUCUAAACGAACGUUACUGUUAUUUUAGAAGCAAAUGACGAAAUUGCAUUGAAAUGUUACGACCCCGAAGCAUUAUUUACGAGCAAAACUGCAGUCGGCGGUAAUUUGCAUAAAUAUAUGCAUACGUAUGUAUGUAGAAUAUGGCGGAGUAAGCCAAUUUGCCGGCGAAAAAAGGAGCAUUAUUUAUUUUAUUACUUUAACUUUUAUGAAAUAUAUUCACGUUGUUAUUUUAUAUAUACAUAUAUACAUACCAUAUAUUUACUAAAUGCCUACUUACAUAUUUUCUAAUUAAUAAAACCUAUUAAGUCAGCAAUUUUUCUAUUCUCUUAUUAAAAGUAUGCAAACAAAUUAAAAAAAAAAAAUACAAAAAAAAAAUAACUUAAUUGAAAUUAGUACGUACACGCAUGCAUAUACAUACAUACAUAGAUGUUGUUGUAUGGUACACUUGUUUCAAAUUUUGAUUUCCCACUUAGAAAAAGGCAAUUUGCGAAAAA